AUGGACAAGCUCCUGGGCUCCGUCCGGGAUCCUCUGCUGAAAAAGGCAGUGAUCAGACAGAUUGUAGGAUUGGAUGGGAGCUGGAGGGAGCCACUGCAUCACUGGCACCACGCCAGCACCUGCCUGGCAGGCCUGCAAAUCAACGUGUACCAGGUGGGCGGAAUCGUGUGUCCCACCUACCUCCUUGUUCCUCUCACCCCUGGAGACCCUGCUAGCCGUAAAUCCCCUUCGACGCCGUUCUGUAAUGCCACUGGCGCUGCCCGCUGGUCUCCCAGUAAAUUAGCCUUGCAACCCUGUGGCACCAUAAACCUGACAACCAUGCUGUCAGAUUACCGUAUUGUUAACCAGGCUUCUCUGUCCCUGUGUUUACCCUUGGUCCAUGUGUUCUGUCUUUCUUUCUUUCUUUUAGUGCUGCUUAGCCUUCUUUCUGCUGGUGCUCAGACGGAGAUGAAGAGGGUUGUGGGGGACAAUACAACGCUGCCAUGCCAUCACCAGUUCUGGCAGUCCAGUGGACAAUCUCUGGACAUCGAGUGGCUUCUGCAGAAACCCAACAUCAAACAGCAUGUGAUCAUCACCUUCUUUGGAAACGAGGUGUACACUACCCAGGCGAAUCGGCUCUCGUUUGCCGGAGACUACCUGAAGGGUGAUGCCUCUCUGCUCAUCAGUGACCUCCAGCUGACUGACUCAGGAGAGUACCACUGCAAGGUGAAAACUGGUGGAAAGUAUCACUGGAGCCAGGUCAACCUUCUAGUGCUGGUGAAACCAUCUAAGCCACGCUGCUGGAUGGAGGGUCGGCUUCUGGAGGGCAGCGAUGUGAAACUGAGCUGUAAGUCGUCGGACGGCUCAGAGCCCAUCCGUUACAAAUGGGAGAGAGUCCUGGACAAAGGCAAGAGCGUGGGCAAACUGCCCCCUCUGGCCCUCAUAGACCUGAAGAACCCUGAGAUAGUCACUCUGAGGAACCUGACGCAGGACAGUUCCGGCGAGUACAAGUGCACGGCCAUGAAUGAUGUUGGAGAGGAGCAUUGUCUCAUUGAAGUGACCAUGCAGCAUGUGCGGAGUAUGGGCGUGGUCGCUGGUGCAGUGGUGGGUGUGUCCUUUGGUGUUCUCCUUAUCAUCCUCAUCAUUUGGCUGGUCUUUCGAAAGAAAGAAAAGAAAAAGUACGAAGAGGAAGAAACACCAAAUGAGAUUAGAGAGGACGCAGAAGCUCCCAAGGCUAAGCUGGUUAAACCCAACUCGCUGUCCUCUUCUCGGUCUGGAAGCUCUCGUUCGGGUACCUCUUCCACCCAGUCCAUGGUGCACAAUAGCGCCCCUCGUGGACCUCACCCUCACCCCCGGCCCCCGGCUAUUGCCGCCCUCAAGGAGAACGGACAGCCCGCAGGUUUCCCCCAGUCUCCUCCCUCCUACACACAGGUGGUGUCUAAGACCCCGGAACCGCCCGCCACCCCAAAAUUCAGACCCCCAAACCCACCAGUAGGGUUGGCUGUUCCAGGAGGAGGUGUCAUAGUUCCAGCUCAAAGCAAGGCUUUUCAGACUGUCUAG